GGGGAUUGUUGAAGGACGUUUUGAGCAUCAUAUCACAAAUUUUCUGCCUUUGUCAUUACGUAUUUGAAAAAGCUUCCGAAACUAACAGUUGAUGGAGAUACGUAUUCUCCAUAACAAAAAUUGCGCGCCACAAAAGCAGUCAUAGCCGGCUUCGAAACCAGAUGAAUGAAUGAAAACGUGUAUAUGGCGUUGUGUACGUGAUGUGAAAGUUCAGCUUUAAAACUACUAUAUAUUCCGGCAACAUGGAUAAAUCGGAUCUCACAGAACAAGAAAAGGUUAAAGAGCUCUUAAAGGAGAUACAACUUGACCAAUUCUAUCGACAGAUUCAUGGCAAAUUACACAUCACUCGAUUAUCACAUUUUGAUCACGUUACAGAGGAAGAUCUUGAUGAUCUAGGAAUGGCUAAACCAGAGCAGCGAAGGCUCUUCGAAGCGCUCAAGAAAUCAAAGAAAAAGUCUCUUUUCAGUAGUUUUAGACGAAAGGUAAGGUUAUUGAUUUAGAUUUUAAGGUUUACGGCUCGCUGAGUCAUUUCGUGUGGGUGGCAAUAUUUUGACUACGCUUUCUACCGCACUCUGUCCUUGUUAAAUUCCCACUGGGAUACUUCUUUAAGUAACGUUUAGUCGUUUUUCCCUUUAUAAGUGAUACGACUUUUGACGGCUUUUAAAUUUUCCGUCGUAUAUCACUUCACAUCGUUUGUAAGAAAAACAUAGGUAAAGUACAAGCGAAAUUAUUUUAGACAAUUCAAGUUCGCGAUGAUCGACGUGCCGACGGUUUUAAAGCUCUCACCGUUUAUUUGAGAUGUUUAGUAAAUCUAAGAGCAUUUUAAGUCUAAUAUCAAGUUGAAAGUUAUAUGGCCAAUGAAGCCACACAUGGCCAAUGAAGCAACUAAAAAUGUUUUCACGCAGUUAUGGACAUACAAUCAGCCCAUCCUAGUCUGACCUCCAACUAAGAAAGUUCACGUGGCGACGGCAAAUUUACGAAAAGCGUGGCGUACAAAAGCGGAAGUUCUGAUUUGUAUUAAACGAAUUAUUAUUUUUGUUCAGUCUACGUAAGGUCAUUGUUUGUGUGUGACCCGAUCGAAUGAUUAAACCAGUUUUUAGUCAAACCUUCAGUAAAGAUUUUUAUUUCUUAAGGCGUGUUACAUAUUUUCGUGUGAUGAAACUGUAAACAAACCAUUCAUUGCACGUUUUGAAAUUAGCAUAAUAAACUGAACUCCCGCGAAAGCGGAAUUCCUGACAAAUUUCGCUUUGUUGUUGCUGCGUGUUUUACGUUUUAUAAUACCCAUGAGAUCCAUUUUUUUGCUUUAGCUAGUAAAAGAGCCCAUGUUAUGGGGACGCAUCGACGAGUAAAAUAAAAGUUAACAAAGCGACGUGCACGUCUAAGGACAUAAUUUGAGAGUUUUUACUUAUUACUCUCUGUAACGUUAAAUGCAUGCUUAAAUCGCGAAAUGCACUAUUUUUAAAGUCAAAGAAACUGCUUCGCUACUUUGUAAUUUUCCUUUGGUGAUUUUAGUUAUUUUAUUUGGUGGCACAAAAUGUAUAAAGUCUGGCUCAUGAUUUCUGCCAUUUCCGCGAAGAGUUUUCAAAGCUUUACAUAGAGCUCACUUAUGUGUACUCACCUAUUGAAUUGGCACUUUGUUGGCGAAAAAGCGUUGCAAUGUGCUUGGAGUGAAUAAAUCUUUUAUCUUUAGCUGCGUACAUGCUAUGGAUAAUGGCACAAUACCCAUGCACAAAGUCAAGUAAUGCUUUGAUGUAACCAAACUGUGACUUUAUUAUCUUUUUUGCUAUCCACCAUACAGUGUAAACAAUAAUAAACAAUAACAAUAAUCCAUAGAAUCUAUUGGAAUCCUUCUUUCUCAAACUGUCCAUCUUUUAACCUUAAUCCCUUCCCACUUCAUUAAAGAAUGCCAAAGCAUUCUCCUUUUCUGUCUAAAAACUGCAAAAUAAAUUCAUUUUUCUACUGAAGGGCUGUCUACAUUUCGUAUUCUUGGUUGCUAUCCUUAAAAAAUUAGAAUUUCUAAGUUGUUGCUACUACAAUUAUUUGGGCACGUCUCACCACUUGAUUGAUGAGUGGUAUAAGUUCUGUAGCACUAGAGGACCUGCCAACCCUCAUGAUUUCUCUGUCAGUGAGACUUUUUUAUCAGUCUUGUUUCACAGUCUCGUUGUGACUCCAAAGGAACAUUCUUUUUUAAUAAUUAAUACAUCAACUUUUGUGAAGAAAUACUGAAGUUUUUACUGGCCAUAGGCACCUUAUGGCCUUGCCAAAACUCCAGAAUUUAUCCAGCAAAGUUGUUGGUACUGUAUCACUUUUUAUGAUGGGUCCAGACCCAGUUUUUCUGUAGCAUAGAUGCACCUUAAAUCUUGGGUAUUGGGUACCCACUCUGUGUCCUCCGUCCAGUUUUCAUUGAAGUUAAACAAAAUAAAAAAGAAAGGAAAAGAAUCCAAAACACAAUGGAUUAAAAUGAUGAAAUUAAAGAAACAUUUUCCAUGUUCCCAGGCCUUCAUAUGAUUGUGCCUUUGAUUGUGAUCUCAGCCUUUUUGAAAUUAUUUGUUGUCUGGCUGGCAGGCUAAAGAAAGUUCUGUCUCUGUUUAGCUAUACCCAAGCAGGAAAGAUUGCGGGCUUGGUUUGUGCAAAAACACAUGUUCAGUUUUGCCUCCAAUAACUGACCAAGCUUGUUUGGGCAAGGUGGCUGGAUAUUGGUCUCAUUCUUUUUUUGGCAUCUUAAUGGGCCUUUACAUGCACAUAAAAAUGCUCAAAAAGAACUAGACCAAUAUCCCAAGCCAUCUUACAUGGAAUCUUUCACUUGGUCAUUGCAUUUGUAUGGUGGGUUAUACAUUGUACUACGGUGUAUAUCUACUUUUUUACUAGUUAUAGCUAUUGCUAAGUGCCAAUGAGCAAAGAUUCAGUUACCUAUAUAGCUGUUUAAUUUGUUUAGGAAAGUCAUGGAUUUAUACUGUGACAAUAAAAAAUUCCAGCAGGCAAAAUUAAUGCGACAGCUAUAUGCGUGUGUUGCAAAUGAAUCCACCCAAUGAUUGGUUGAGGCCAGGAUGAGCACGGGACUCACAAACAUGUACAUGGCUUGUGUAUUCGUUGUUCUGUGUCAUGUGUUCACUCAAAAACAAUGCAUUCUCUGUUCUGCAUUAUGUCAUAAAAGUUACCUUACACUACCUUAUGUUACAUCGCUUCAAGAUCCAUUCUUCCUUGGAACUUUCAUGCACAGCCUAAUUAGGAUUCCCGUUGGCAAUUAUAUUCUUUAAUGUCUGUAUUCUGCAGAAAAAAAUAAAUGGACUCUGGAAAUUAAUAACUGUUUUAGCAUUUAUUACAUUGAAAUAUCUAGAAAUCUGUUUGAAAUAAAAUAUUCUGAUAUUUGUAAUAUUUAAUUGGUCCAAAAAUCAUGGUAAAAAUUAAGAUUUGUAACAUAACUUUUGUGUAUCCUUAUUCUAGAAUAUUUUACAAUCAUUUGAACUUACUCUUCAUUUAUGGAAGAAAAAAAUAAGGUGAUAAUUAAUAAAUAAACCUACAACAUUUUUUUUCUAUAGCGAUGUGUUUUGUAUUUUGUAGAAAACAAAGAAAACAGAAUCCCGUAGUGACUCCACAGCAGAGCGGAUGAGUUGUUAUGGUGUGUCUGGUGAUGCCUUAACUUGUCUCAUCAGUGAGCAGUCUCUCACACUUUUUGAGAUGCUUGGAAAUGGGGCUUUUGGUUAUGUAAGACGAGGGAAAUGGGUGAAAAGCUCUCUGAAAAAGGUACUUUAUUUUUCUUGAAAAUUAAUUAAAACUCUCUUUCGGUGUUUGUCUGUUGCAUCUGCGUGUUACAAUAAUCUUCAUGUUGAAAUCUGCAUUAAAGUGGUAACUUUUUUGCACUGUGUCAUCACUGGCUAAGUAAAUUGAAAAUUUCAUGCUGUCUUUCACCAGGGAACACAAAGUUCAAGUACUCAGUGGCAAAAUCACAGCUUAGUUAUAAACAAAUUGGUUCCCCAACAUUAUCUCAAACAUUUCAAACAACAAAAAUGAACUUUGAAAAUCUGUCAGCACUAGUAACAAGUUUUCAAAAACCCUAAUACUGCAGUCUGCUUGAAAUGUUGGUUUUUCUCCAUCCGUUUGUAUUUUUUCUUUUAUUUACACCUUUUAUAAUGUUCUAAGGAUUCAGACUCAUUGCCUGUUUAUAAAACGUGACCAAAGAAAAGGAACUUAAAAGCAUAGCUAAAGAAAACGAUUCAGCUAGUGCUUAGACCAUUUAUUUAUUACCAUACAUAAGGGGAUCUUCUGGACCCUUCUGGUCCUAGACAAAAUUAUGGUGAUAUUAUUUUUCAGUCAUGAUUUAUAAGUUUUAUACCUGUGGAGGAAAUCCUCUUGCGUUAUCAUUUUAAAUAAAACCUCUAUGAGAGAACUUAAGCAUGGUACCAUUUAUUUCUUUGGUCUUUACCAAAAGGUCAUUUGAAUUUAAGGUGAAGUUUUACUUAAGGCCCAUUAAUUCUGCUUUUAUUAGGAGUAAAAGGUUGAAGGUGCCUUUUGGUAACAGUGUACAAUCAUGUACAGUGUGUAUGAGUGUCAGUUUUACGUGCAAUGCAAUGACAACAUGCUCUUGCCAAAUAAUUUUCUUUUAAAGGUCAAUGUGGCGGUAAAGUGUCUGAGAGCAUGGAAUGACAAGGCAUUUAUACAGAUGCAGAUGGAUUUUAUCAAAGAAGCUAAUGCAAUGAGUUUGCUGGAUCAUCCACAUAUAAUCAAACUCUAUGGUAUAGUGUUGUCAACUCCAAUGAUGCUGGUAAGUUUAUAAACUGUAAAUCAGAAAGAUCUGUUUCAGCCCUAGAAAUGGGGCUGUUUCGGUGAUUAAAAUAGGGUCCUAUUUGUGAGUCUAAUUUGGCUUCCUAAAUCAGGGCCAAUACAGCCCAAUUAGCCCUGAUUUGGACCCAAGGGCUAAAAUGGGCCCCAAGGUGGGCUGGAAUAGCCUUUUGAUUGGGCUGUUUUGGCUUAAAUUGUGCUCAAAUGGCUCAAGAAGGGGCUUAUUUUUAACCUGCAGGGCUGAAUUGGCACUUUUGGGCUGAAACAGAUCAUUUUAAUUUUCAGUGUACAUUAUGCUAAGUCUUGCCCUGGAUGUUCAAAAGAUGGAUCAGAGUCUGGUCUGGAAGGGUUUUUUUCUGGGAUUUGGGAUAUUGACCAACAUACAGUGCUGGUUUUCUGGAAAACGCAAGGUGUCUUAAGGGGAGAUGGGAUUUUACAGCUGCCCAGGAAACAGGAUUUUCCAAAAUUUAAGCAUAAGAUUCGGUUUGUUUUGUUUUGUUUUUUGCGUCUACAUGUAUGUUAGGAAUUUGGGAAAUCAUUUGUUUAAGUGGCAAAUGUGAAUCAACCAGGCAUGCGCUAAGUGUUGUCUCCUUUCAAACCAAACUAUAAAGUGCGCUUUGUUACCGGUAGUUCAUUUUAUUUUAUUGCUUUUGGAAACAAAAGAGGAAUUCUGGAAAGCGAUGAAAAAAUAGCAAGAUGCGGGAUUUUCAUAAAAAAGGAGCAGGAAUGUGAGGUCAGGACUUCCCCUCCAGACCUUGUUGGAUAUUGCGCAGACAUGAGAAUUUUUGCCAGCAGAAAAAAUGCUGUUUCCUCUCUAAGAUCUAUGACUCCCUGCAGGAACUCUUUAAAGUAACAGACACAUUAUUUUUGACAUUAUUUAAAUUAAGCCCUGCAUUGUAGUAAAAUGGUCAUCAACCUUUCUUUUAAAGGUCACAGAACUAGCUCCUCUUGGCUGUCUGCUUGCCAGACUUAGAAAUGAGCCUCAAAGCUUCACAAUUAGCGGACUGAGUGAUUUUGUGGUUCAGAUCGCAUCUGGAAUGGCUUAUCUGGAGUCCCAGAGAUUUGUUCAUCGGGAUCUUGCAGCUCGAAAUGUUUUGCUAGAAUCUUAUGAGAAAGUCAAGAUUGGUGACUUUGGUAUGAUGCGUGUUCUUUCAGAAGAGGAUGAUCACUAUACUAUGCACCCCAGUGGCAAAAUUCCAUUUGCUUGGUAGGUUUUUUAACAGUUAACUUUCUCUGUGGCUUCAAGACUGCUUACAGUGCAACUGCUGUAAUCAUGGUCAACUAGACAAAGUUCACCGAUAGCAUCACAGGAAAAUAACAAUGUUCUGAAAAAAAGUUGGUUGUCAAUCAUAAUUACUGAGAAACAAAAUAAACAACAUGGAUCAAAAUUAACUAAUUACAACCAAAUCCUCUUGCCCGUUUUUCUUUAAAUACAGUGUAACACAGUGGUUUUGUUACCUCAGCAUCCUGCGCCCCUGAUGCAUAAAAAUCCCCACAGAUACCAUGCAUGCCAUGAAUAAUUUAUUCAUGGAGGAUGCGAUCAAUAAUUGGUCUGAAGAUGUUUUUUUAGAAUAUCCUGUUCUUGUGAUUUCUGUGGCCAUCAUUAUGGCUGUUGUUUAAAAGAAGAAGAAUUGUUUCGCUGCACGUGCAGAUUCCUGUAUUAAACUCUCAAAAAUGAAUAAUGAGAGACAUUGCAAUUUACGUACGAAUUUAGCGCUUUACGUGAUAAAAAUUUCAGUUUCUUUGACGAAGCGAUGAAACAUCUUUUCCUUUGGUGAUUUUAGUUAUUUUAUUUGGUGGCACAAAAUGUAUAAAGUCUGGCUCAUGAUUUCUGCCAUUUCCGCGAAGAGUUUUCAAAGCUUUACAUAGAGUUCACCUAUGCGUACACAUUGAAUUGGCACUUUGUUGGCGAAAAAGCGUUGCAAUGUGCUUGGAGUGAAUAAAUCUUUUAUCUUUAGCUGCGUACAUGCUAUGGAUAAUGACACAAUACCCAUGCACAAAGUCAAGUAAUGCUUUGAUGUAACCAAACUGUGACUUUAUUAUCUUUUUUGCUAUCCAUCAUACAGUGUAAACAAUAAUAAACAAUAACAAUAAUCCAUGGAAUCUAUUGGAAUCCUUCUUUCUCAAACUGUCCAUCUUUUAACCUUAAUCCCUUCCCACUUCAUUAAAGAAUGCCAAAGCAUUCUCCUUUUCUGUCUAAAAACUGCAAAAUAAAUUUAUUUUUCUACUGAAGGGCUGUCUGCAUUUCGUAUUCUUGGUUGCUAUCCUUAAAAAAUUAGAAUUUCUAAGUUGUUGCUUCUACAGUUAUUUUGGCACGUCUCACCACUUGAUUGAUGAGUUGUAUAAGUUCUGUAGCACUAUAGGACCUGCCAACCCUCAUGAUUUCUCUGUUAGUGAGACUUUUUUAUCAGUCUUGUUUCACAGUCUAGUUGUGACUCCAAAGGAACAUUCUUUUUUAAUAAUUAAUACAUCAACUUUUGUAAAGAAAUGCUGAAGUUUUUACUGGCCAUAGGCACCUAAUGGCCUUGCCAAAACUCCAGAAUUUAUCCAGUAAAGUUGUUGGUACUGUAUCACUUUUUAUGAAGGGUCCAGACCCAGUUUUUCUGUAGCAAAGAUGCCCCUGAAAUCUUGGGUGUUGGGUACCCACUCUGUGUCCUCCGUCCAAUUUUCAUUGAAGUUAAAAAAAAAUAAAAAAGAAAGGAAAGGAAUCCAAAACACAAUGGAUUAAAAUGAUGAAAUUAAAGAAACAUUUUCCAUGUUCCCAAGCCUUCAUAUGAUUGUGCCUUUGAUUGCGAUCUCAGCCUUUUUGAAAUUAUUUGUUGUCUGGCUGGCAGGCUAAAGAAAGUUCUGUCUCUGUUUAGCUAUACCCAAGCAGGAAAGAUUGCGAGCUUUGUGCAAAAACAUAUGUUCACUUUUGCCUCCAAUAACUGACCAAGCUUGUUUGAGCAAGGUGGCUGGAUAUUGGCCUCAUUCUUUUUUUGGCAUCUUUAUGGACCUUUACAUGCACAUAAAAAUGCUCAAAAAGAACCAGACCAAUAUCCCAUGCCAUCUUACAUGUAACCUUUCACUUGGUCAAAGCAUCUGUAUGGUGGGUUAUACAUUUAUUAUUAAUAUCUAUUUUUUUUACUAGUUAUAGCUAUCGCUAAGUGCCAAUGAGCAAAGAUUCAGUUACCUAUACAUGCGCUCUGUUUAAUUUGUCUAGAAAAGUCAUGGAUUUAUACUGUGACAAUAAAAAAUUCCAACAGGCAAAUGCGAUAGCUAUAAGCAUAUGUUGCAAAUGAAUCCAGCCAAUGAUUGGUUGAGGACAGGGUGAGCACGGGACUCACAAACAUGCACAUGGCUUGUGUAUUCGUUGUUCUGUGUCAUGUGUUCACUCAAACACAAUACAUUCUCUGUUCUGCAUUAUGUCAUAAAAGUUACCUUACACUACCUUAUGUUUAUACAUCGCUUCAAGAUCCAUUCUUUCUUGGAACUUUCAUGCACAGCCUUGUGAGGCUGCCCACUGACAACAAUAUUAUAUUUAAACUCAUCAACAAUAGAUGAGCUUGGGGAAGGUGCCUGGAAAGAUGGUGGGGCCUCGAGCACCGGAGCCGAGCGCGUAGGGUAACCAUGACAACCCUGUGAGCGGCAACCACCAGGCACCGUCACACUGACAGAAGACAGUGGAACCAUGAUACUUACCACAUACUUACCGGAAAAGGGGGAGGGGAGGGCGGGGAGUAAAGCCGCCAAGCACCGUCGAAAAGGCAGAAGUGCACGUGCAAAUGAGUUGACCUCAAAACCCGAGCUGUAAAACCACGCGACCCCCUGCAGAUCCCCCACCACUGCGCAUGACCGAGACAAAGGAAACCCCAGACCAGCAUUGUUUCGCGUUUAACUUAGCUUAAAUUACAUUUAACCACAUUCUUUAAUGGCUGUAUUCCGCAGUAGGAAAUAAAUUGACUUAACUCCGGAAAUCAAUAAUUAUUGUUUUAGCAUUUAUUACAUGUACAUUGAAAUAUCUAGAAAUCUGUUUGAAAUAAAAUAUUCUGAUAUUUGUAAUAUUUAAUUGGUGCAAAAAUCAUGGUAAAAAAGAUUUGUAACAGAAUUUUUGUGUAUCCUUAUUCUGGAAUAUUUUACAAUCAUUUGAACUUACCCUUCAUUUACAGGAGAAAAGAAAAUAAUGUUUAUAAAAUUUAAAAUAAAUAUACCUACAACAUUUUUUUUUCUAUCGCGAUGUGUUCUAUAUUUUGUAGAAAACAAAGAAGACAGAAUCCCGUGGUGACUCCACAGCAGAGCGGAUGAGUUGUUAUGGUGUGUCUGGUGAUGCCUUAACUUGUCUCAUUAGUGAGCAGUCUCUCACACUUUUUGAGAUGCUUGGAAAUGGGGCUUUUGGUUAUGUAAGACGAGGGAAAUGGGUGAAAAGCUCUCUCAAGAAGGUACUUCAUUUUCUUGAAAAUUAAAUAAUAACUUUCUUUAAGGGGUUUGUCUGUUGCAUCUUCAUGUUACAACAAUCUUCAUGUUAUAACCUGCAUUAAAGGGGCAAUUUUUUUACACUGUGUCAUCACUGGCUAGGUAAAUGAAGAUUUCAUGCUGUCUUUCAUAAGGGAUCACAAAAUUCAAGUACUGUUGUAAAAUAACAGCUUAUUAGUUAUAAGCAAAUUGGUCUCCCCAACAUUAUCUCAAACAUUUCAAACAACAAAAAUGAACUUUGAAAAGCUGUUAGAUAACAAGUUUUCAAAAACCCGAAAUUGCAAUCCGGUUGAAAUCUUGGAUUUUCUCCAUCCAUACACGUUUGUAUUUUCUCUUUUAUUUAUACCUUUUGUAAUGCUUUAAGGAUUAAGACCCAUUGCCUGUUUAAAAGCGGACCAAAAAAAGGAACUUAAGAUAAACACUGUAGCUAAAGAAAAUGAUUCAGCUAGUGCUUAGCUACCAUUAUAACAAUACAUGCAGUGAUCUUCUGGACCCUUCCAGUCCUAGACAAAAUUAUGGUGAUAUUAUUUUUCAGUCAUGAUCUAUAAGUUUUGUACCUGUGGAGGAAAUCCUCUUGCAUUAUCAUUUUAAAUAAAACCUCUAUGAGAGAACUUAAGCAUGGUGCUAUUUAUUUCUUUGGUCUUUACCAAAAAGUCAUUUGAAUUUAAGGUGAAUUUUUACUUAAGGCUCAUUAAUUCUGCUUUUAUUAGGAGUAAAAGGUUGAAGGUGCCUUUUGGUAACAGUGUACAAUCAUGUGCAGUGUGUAUGAGUGUCAGUUUUACGUGCAAUGCAAUGACAACAUGUUCUUGCCAAAUAAUUUUCUUUUAAAGGUCAAUGUGGCGGUAAAGUGUUUGAGAGCAUGGAAUGACAAGGCAUUUAUACAGAUGCAGAUGGAUUUUAUCAAAGAAGCUAAUGCAAUGAGUUUGCUGGAUCAUCCACAUAUAAUCAAACUCUAUGGUAUAGUUUUGUCAACCCCAAUGAUGCUGGUAAGUUUAUACACAGAACACUGUAAAUCAAAAAGAUCUGUUUCAGCCCUAAAAAUGGGGCUGUUUCGGUGAGUAAAACACAGUCCUAUGAGAGUCUAAUUUGGCUUCCCAAAUCAGGGCCAAUAUAGUCCAAUUACUUAGGGAUGAUUUGAACCCAAGGGCUGAAAUAAGCCCCAAGGUGGGCUGGAAUAGCCUUUUGAUUGAGCUGUUUUGGCUUAAAUUGUGCUCAAAUGGCUCCAGAAGGGGCUUAUUUUUAACCUGAAGGGCUGAAUUGGCACUUUAAGGCUGAAACAGAUCUUUUUAAUUUUCAGUGUACAUUGUGCUAAGUUUUUUCCUGGACGUUCAAAAGAUGGAUCAUAGUCUGGUCUGGGAGGUUUUUUUCUGGGAUUUGGGAUUUGACCAACAUGCAGUGCAGGCUUCUGGAAAACGCAAGGUGUCUUAAGGGGAGAUGGGAUUUUACAGCUACCCAGGAAAUGGGAUUUGCCAAAAUUUAAGCAUGGGAUUCGUUUUGUUUUGUUUUGUUUUGUGUUUUUUUUUGUUGCUUCUACAUGUAUGUUGGGAAUUUGGGAAAUCAUUUGUUUAAGUGGCAAAUGUGAAUCAACCAGGCGUGUGCUAAGUGUUGUCUCCUUUCAAACCAAACUAUAGGGUGCGCUUUGUUAGUUCGUUUUAUUUUAUUUGUUUUCAGAAACAAAAGAGGAAUUUGGGAAAGGGAUGAAAAAAUAGCUAGAUGCGGGCUUUUGAUAAAAAAGGAGCAGAAAUGUGAUAUCAGGACUCCGCCUCCAGACCUUUUUGGAUAUUGCUUAGACAUGAGAAUUUUUGUCAGCAGAAAAAACUCUGUUUCCCCUCUGAGAUCUAUGACUCCCUGCAGGAACUCUUUGAAGUAACAGAAACAUUAUUUUUGACAUAUUUAAAUUAAGCCCUGCAUUGUAGUAAAAUGGUCAUCAACCUUUCUUUUAAAGGUCACAGAACUAGCUCCUCUUGGCUGUCUGCUUGCCAGACUUAGAAAUGAGCCUCAAAGCUUCACAAUUAGUGGACUGAGUGAUUUUGUGGUUCAGAUCGCAUCAGGAAUGGCUUACCUGGAGUCUCAGAGAUUUGUUCAUCGAGAUCUUGCAGCUCGAAAUGUUUUGCUAGAGUCUUAUGAGAAAGUCAAGAUUGGUGACUUUGGUAUGAUGCGUGUUCUUUCAGAAGAGGAUGAUCACUAUACUAUGCACCCCAGUGGCAAAAUUCCAUUUGCUUGGUAGGUUUUUAACAGUUAACUUUCUCUGUGGCUUCAAGACUACUUACAGUGCAACUGCUGUAAUCAUGGUCAACUAGACAAAGUUCACCGAUGGAAUCACAGGAAAAUAACAAUGUUCCGAAAAAAAGUUGGUUGUCAAUCAUAAUUACUAAGAAACAAAAUAAACAACAUGGAUCAAAAUUAACUAAUUACAACCAAAUCCUCUUGCUCGUUUUUCUUUAAAUACAGUGUAACACAGUGGUUUUGUUACCUCAGCAUCCUGCGUCCCUGAUGUAUAAAAAAAUCCCCACAGAUACCACGCAUGCCAUGAAUAAUUUAUUCAUGGAGGAUGCGAUCAAUAAUUGGUCUGAAGAUGUUUUUUUAGAAUAUCCUGUUCUUGUGAUUUCUGUGGCCAUCAUUAUGGCUGUUGUUUAAAAGAAGAAGAAGGACUAUAUUUUAAAUUAAUAUUUCAGUAAACUGUAAUAAGAGGUUUGGAGUCUGUCUUUAAAAUAACUGUCUGGUUUUAUAAGAAUUAAUGCCCUUUCAUUUUGUGACUCGUCUUUUUCAACUGGGACUCAGUGAUUCAGGACUGGGACUCAUGAUUUUUCACAAGAAGUGUCUCAUGAUUCACCAUACUAUUUGUAACAAAAUCACUGGUAACACUUCAUUUCUUAGAGACAUGUGUGGCCAAGUGGUUGAUGCCUCAAACUCCAGAUGUGGAGGUCUGGGGUAAAACCUAGCCUGUCGCGUUGUUUCCCUAGACAAGGAACUUUACUCCACUUUGUCUCUCCUCACCCAGUUGUAUAAAUGGGUACCGCUGACGUAUUUCUUCGAGGAGGGUGGUGGGGGGGGGGAGGGGGGGUGGAGUAACCCUGUGAUGGACUAGCAUCCCAUUCUGGGGGGACUAGCAAUACGUAUAUACUUCAUGCUAAGGAAACCAGGAUGAGCUCCGACCAUUUUAGCCUUAGGUUCAUGUGUGCCUUUAACUUUAUUAAGAUUUUAUUAUUUUUUAAUUUCUUUUUUAAAUUUUGUCACCCUAACAGCAACAAACUUGUUGACAAAUUCCUGUGAUGUUUUUCUUUUAAAUGAAACCCUAUUACAGAAGUUUUGCAUAGCAUUAUCUAUUUCUUUUGAUUUUACAAUUAACAAAAUUGAAUUUUUGUGAAUCUUUAUUUUUCAUCAGCCUGUACUGUAACUAAAUGUAUAACAAGUGAAUUGGUUUGAGUAAUUCUUGCAACCACAUGAUUAUCUUCAGUAAGGAUAUUUUUAGUCAAGUAUUGUACAGUGGAACCCCGUUAAUGCGACCACCGUUGGGCCAUGAAAUCCUGGUCGUAAUAAUGAGGUGGUUACAUUAACAGGGUCUACAAAAUAGUAAAAUGACUCAAUGGUUUUUAAGUUUGGUUUGAAAGAAUAUGGCCGUAAUAACAAGGUGGUCUUAUAAACGGGGUGGUCAUAAGGCGGGGUCCCACUCUACAACUUUCUACAAGCCAGUGUAGGUCAAUUAAGUCUUCCUACUUUCAGGUGUCCACAGGAAGUUCUCAAGUUCCGUAAGUUCUCUCAUGCUUCUGAUGUGUGGGCAUUUGGGAUCACUGUGCUGGAGUUGUUUUCAUAUGGAAUGGAGCCAUGGCCAGGGCUAAAUGGAGCUGAGGUGAGCAGAGGAUCAAAGCAAGCUAAGGUCUUCUCUCUAUGCAAGUUCACAGUAUUAACGGGGGCUAUUAAAGGAGUUAUUUUACACUAUUUGCUAUCUUUUUAAAAAAGCUAAACUUUUUCUUAUGUCAAUUGAAUUUCCAAAAAAAUUGGUCCAGUUUUUUUAUUUAGGACAUUUUAUCUAUUAAAGCAGUGAUUUUUUUCCUCUGUGUCCUGCAUCCCUGACACAAAAAGAAUCCCUAAAGAUGUAAAAUAAUCCAUGGCAUGCAUCCCGUAGGACACAAAGAUUGAUCAAUCAAUCUGAACAUGUGUUUUUGUCAAAAUGUCCUGUUCGUGUAAUUUCUGUGGCAGUCAUUGUGGUUGUUGUUCAACGAAGCCUAUAUCUUUUAGCCUUUUUUGUGCUUUAAAAUAGAAGGACUAUAUUUUAACUUCAGUGUACUGUGUAGUAGCCCUGAAUCAGCAACAUAAGACAGAUGAAAUUGUGACAAAGAACCUUAGUUGGGUUGAAACUGUGACAAUGUAGGCAACAAUCCCAAUUAUACUGACAGAGAAGCUUACCCCCCCCCCCCCAAUAGAUGAAAUGACAGGUUUUGAAAUCCAGACUAGAAACAAGCAUACCCUUCAGGUAACCCCUCCCCCCUGCCAAAAGAGGGUGUCAUUGUAAUAUGUUUGUCAAUAGACCAAUUUUGAUUUAUUAAUUAAAUUCAUACUUGGCUGCGAGGCCUGGGGGAAUAAAACAAAAGAAAUGUAUUAUUCAUUGCUGAGCCUCAAGAUGAUUUCCUUUGUUUUAUUCCCCCAAGCCUCGCAGCCAAGUAGCAUUAAUUGGUGUAUUGGCAUCCUCAAAGUCUUGAUUUAAUAAUAAUGGAACAAUUAUUUUUCUUAUAAUGCCUUUCAUUGGUUGAUCUUAUCUCUGUUACAAUGUCUCUAUAGGUUCUAGAUAAAGUGGAUCUGCCAUUAUGUGAGCGACCUAAAAAACCUGAUCACUGCCCACCAGAAAUCUACAACAUCCUUAUAACGUGUUGUUGGUCACAUGAACCGCACCAGAGGGCAAGGUUUGCAGUACUGAAGAAAUUAAUGGAUGAGGUAUGCAUCAAUAUGAAAUUAUUUUUUUACAUGUCAUCAAGCAUUGUACAAUAAUACAAGUGUAUGAAAAAAAAAAUUAACAUAGAUAACGAUAAUCAUUAUCCUAAACGUAACCUUAAUCAUAAUCAUAAUCAGAGGCAUAAUGAUCAUAAUCAUAAAAUUUGACAUUAAUUUUAUUAAUUUUGUUUGAGUUAUUGUGCAGGGUUAAGAUAUGUGCAUCAUUGCAGGGAGCUCUGUAAAAUCAGUCAAUAUUUCUUUUUAUUUUUAUUUUUUCCAGGCUCACCCUCUGAAUGGUGCCGCUGUUUAUCCCUAUGAGAGCAAAAGCCCAUCAAAUCUGAGUUUUCAAGCAGGAGAUAUCAUCACGUUGCUUGAUGCGAGGUAGGUACAGAACUAACAAAUUUUUCAAUGAAUUCUUUUCGGCUUCUGCUUUUGUAGUUGGAUUGUAAACCAGUAGGCAAUGAUGAGCAUAUAUUGUAUUCAAAGGUAUGCAGAUCAUUUGCAAAGUAACGUCAAGUAACAGUGUUUGUUAUUUCUUACCAAAUUUUUAGUCCAGAAUCUUCAUGGUGGCGGGGCCAAAACAUGAGAACAAAGCAAGUAGGAAUGUUUCCCUCAGAACUUGUGGAGAAUGGAUUAAGGCGAGGUAGCCAUUCAUUUUUUUUCUUUUCUUUCUCAACAAUCGUGCUUUAACCUGAAGCCUGCUUAACAUACCCUUCGAGAAAAACGCGCACUUACAUGUAGGAUACAUGUAGGUUAAUCGUAUCUGUUGACACCCCUGUCAUUUGCUUUUACAGCAGUUUCACCACCUAUAAGGCAUGUGAUUUCUCCAAAACAAAGGUAAAUAUCAAUUUUUUAUUUUGACUGACUGUCAGACUAACUUGACUAACUGAGUGCCUGGUUGGUUGGUCGGCUAACUGACUGACUGACUGACUAUCUGACUAAGCAAUGGUCUGUACGAUGGACUGACUUAUUGGCUGUCUGGCUGAGGAGUGACGAAACAGAAUGGCUGACUAACUAGCCAGUUGACACACAGACUGACUGGCCGAACAACAGGCUGCCUACUGGCUGAUUUGCUGUUCGUUUUCCUGAUUGUUAGAAGAAACUGCAUAUAAAACAGCAGUAUGUUACAUGUACAUGUUUUACUGCUUGUUUUCCCUGUCGACUUUUUUACUAGUAGUCAUAUACGUCUUUGUUUCACUUUGUUUGUUUGUUGGUUUUUUUUUUCCCGUUAGAACUACAUCAAAAAAGACCUCCAAAAACUGUGACCAGCAGCUUCCAAACUGCAGUAAGUACAUUACAACAUGUAGUGCUUUCUUUGUGUACUCAGUGUAGCUCGAAUAAGUUGAAUUUGAUAAUCCUAGAAGUAUUCAUAAACUUCAUUAGACAAUACACUAAAAAAAUUGUUUGACUAAUGCGAGGUUCAUCUAGCCCCUGCCAGUAACACUGAGUGUGACAAAGUCGAGGUACAGGAUAAUUCAUAACUACAAAACAAUUCUCGCAAUGCCAUCACCUCUUCUUCCGCCCCAUAUAAAUAAAGACUAUCUGGCAGCUUUUCAGGUUUACUAUGCCGAAACGUUUGGUUUUUGGAGACAAGAAAAUCUUUUCCCCAAAAUUAAGUAUUAAGCACCAUUUUUUCACCGGCUUAUAGCUUUUUAGCUUGUGUCGCAGAGGUAAUUUAACCUACGUCUGCGAAGAAGUGCCGAGAUCCUUGUUCUGUAUUCAACGAAUUGCAUUUACCGGAAGUGCGUUUCAAUUUACUUUGAACCUGAUUGUCAGAUUGACAGUAGAUUUUUUAACAGGCCAAUGAUGGCGCAGGUGGAGUUGGAGGCCAGGAACAAGGAUUUUAGCGCUGUUUCACAAAGGGACUUGACCAGAGUUAAGUUUCGUCUCUGGCGCGGGCUAAUAGCCUUUGGUCUCCCAAAACAAUCUUGGCAGGCUUUUUCUGUGCAGUUGCUGAUUCUAAGCUGUCUUUAAUUUUUCAGGGUGUGGGAAGCCUCACAUUUAUGAGACACCUAUCCUCUUGGAUUCACAAGACUUGUCUACGGUCAGCAGCAGUGGAAGCACAUUUCGCUCUGUUGAGAGUGACUUAACUUCAUCUACUGAGGUUGACAGUGGCUACUCUUCCGGUGUAGACGUCCGAAGGCUCAAUCUUUCUAGCGGAGAAUACAGUUUGGAGCAACAAGAACCAUUUUUUAGUGCAGUGUAUGAAAACACAGUUAUCGGUAAACAGAACACCAAGUUAAAAGGCGAUUCUUACGAGCUUAUGUCCCCUGCAUGUAAUCUUGGGGCCGUUUCUAACCCAAUUCCCAUUCCGAAACAAGGAGCUGGAGAACCACGAUACGUCAGGAAUCAUCAUAUUGGGCAAGUCACACCUUCGUUGUCAGCGGAUAGAUAUCCUUUGGAUUUCAACAACAUCUACAACCAGAAUUUGUGUAGCAUUCAAAAUGAAUCUCCUCCCGCGCUUCCAUCGAAAAUGUCAUCUUCGUUGCCAAGUCGUACGGUAGAGCAGAUGAACCUGAAACAACCAAGGAUUUCUAGAACAGCCUCUCCGCCUGGAAGCAAAAAAGUCCCACGUGAGACUGGUGCAGGAAAAACUGUUGCCCGGGUGAUGAACGACUCCCUAAAGGAGGUUAAAACCAAAAAAUCAUUUGAUGGUUCAUUGAUCAAGCCUGAGGAGGAUGAUAUAUAUGUUGAGUUGUCAAGGCCAGUUGGUGGAAUUCCAGCAACUCUGCCAGUUACUGCAACUGGCAGCACUUCCUCAAGGGAGCCGCUGAAGGCAGUCAAUAGAAAUUCAUACGAAAACAAUUUUAUUCCAGUUAAGUGUGAUCCUCACAAAGAGAGGAGUGUCUCUGACCACGAGUGUGAACGAAUCAGAUGCAAUUCAGAAUUUCAGUCGGCAGAGGACAGGACAGAUAAAAAUGGUCGCUGCAACAGCUGGCCUACCCAGCAGGUCUAUGACAACCACAAAUUAAGGGAUGGUAGGGAAUCGACUACGUGCAGCAGUUACUAUGACAAUCAUAAGAUAAACAACGAGGAAACCAAAGAUGCGUCGUCUUACUUGUCCUAUGAUAACUGGAAGAUUACAAACACUCGUUUUAGUGAACAACAGACGUCCAACUCCUUCUAUGAGAAUGUUGAAAAACCUGUUGAUCAUUCUUUGAUGAACGGUGAGGAUGCUGACCACGACAAGACCACUUCUGAGAGAUCUGCAAAUGGCUCCUUAAACAGGGAUAGAUCCGAGGACCAUAUUUAUGAAAACUCCCUUCCUAGUCCAGGGCCCUUAAGCUAUGAGAACUUUGCUCCAAGGUUUAACGCAGAGAGUGACAAGAGUGGUAUAAAAGAAGUUUGGUAUGAAAAUUGCGAGGUCUUAGACAAGAGGAAAGAAAAAUCAUGCAAGAUAUUGAGCGAAGGUUUGUCAGGAAAUACACAUGAUAUUGGCAGCAGAGUCAGUGAAGAAUUAUCCAGCUCAUUACCGGCAAAUUGUUGCUGUGUAGAUGUUGUUGCAGGGGAACACCCUCAGAGCCCAAUAAAUUUGAUAGUAGAGAAUCGUAACCUAAGCCCGCUUACAAGAUCAAGGAGUGUCGAUUCUAUAAGGCAGUGCAAUUGUCUCGUUGAUGUAUACCAGAGGGAUGCCGAUGACUCCCAGGAAUUCCUGGAUCACCCGGUUCCCCCUCCCAGAUGGAAAAAAAUUGAACGUUUAAAUCAGACUCGAUCUAUGGACGUCUGCACAAAAGGGACUUGGUCAGUAACCGUGGAUCCUAACAUUGCAAGUGUACUGAGGAGGAGGUGGAAUGGGUCCGUCAACAAGGGAUCGUCUGCGGAGUCACUUCGGGUUUCUCAAGAUCCUCGAAUUGAAACUUCCAAAGAAGCGGAGAAACCAAGUUUGCCUUCACGUUCUAAAGCUACCAAUUUGGCUGCCUCUGAAAUUGCCGCCCAUUCUAAGAACACGUAUGAAAACGUGAUAUUACCAGGAAAGAUGUUUAGUAAAAAAGCUCCCUUGAGUUGCCCACCUAAACUUCCUCCAAAAAAGCAGCGAUCAGUCGAAAGCAAUUCCUGGAAGAUGGCCAAUUCGACGAGGAGAGCACAAGCUUACGAAAAUGUUGGAGUUUUGAAUGGUCACCCUUUGGAAGGUAAUGGAGUCGAUGAAGGUGACAAGGAAGACAGCACUCCUCCUCCACUUCCUAGGAAGAUGUCACAGAAAGGACCACCUCCGAUACCAUUUGGGGUUGAUUUGGAACAGGCCUGUUAA